GAGGAAUGAUAGUUUUGUUUUAUUUGCUCUCCAUAGAUCUUGCGAAAUCAAUCACUCGCUGGUACUUUUUGCUUCACUCGAUUUGCAAAUAUUUCUGUGCGGUUACCAAUUAAGAUUCUCCCGGCAUGCAUCGCUCACAUAUUUUGUUUUUCCAAGAUGGCGGCGAACACAAGCGACGCUAUCUUGCCCGAAGCGGGCGGAAAGACGAGUGAAAACACCGUGAAAAUCAUCUGUCUCGGGGAUUCAGCUGUUGGAAAAUCAAAGUUGGUGGAGAGGUUUCUUAUGGAUGGAUAUCAACCGCAGCAGCUCUCCACGUAUGCACUUACUCUCUUCAGAUACAACACCAAGGUCGGAGGUCAAGAAGUGGCAGUAGAUUUCUGGGAUACUGCGGGCCAAGAGAGAUUCAGCAGUAUGCAUCCAUCUUACUACCACCAAGCUCACGCAUGCAUAAUGGUGUUUGAUGUCACAAGGAAAGUAACAUACAAGAAUUUACCCCAGUGGUAUAAGGAGCUGAGGAAUUACAGACCUAAGAUACCGUGUCUACUAGCAGCUAACAAGAUAGACGUUGACUACAACAUUACCCAGAAGAACUUCAACUUUGCCAAGAAGUACAACUUACCAUUUUACUUUGUCUCCGCAGCUGAUGGCACAAAUGUUGUCAAGCUUUUCCGAGAAGCAAUCAAAUCAGCAGCAGCUUACAAGGCCAACCCUACGGACUUCAUGGACGAAGUUAUGCAAGAAUUAGAGAAUUUUGACGAUCUAAAAUUGUCACCUGAUAGUGGGCUUGACUUGGCCAACAACUCAGAGGACAAAGAGGAUGAGAAAAAGGUUAGCGCAGCCUCAACACCAGAGGGCGCUGCAGGGUCGUCAUGACAACAACCCAACUUGGUAGGCAAGGGGUAAUUAUUGUACAGAGGUUAUUUAAGUGGUACAGAUUCAGACAGUGGCACUGCCAUUAGAACUGAAAACUUGUGUGUCGGCACAUCUGGUCACCAUAAUCAAAUUGAUUUCUUUGGUGCACCAUGUUGCCACGGCAACAUGGCAGAGUUUUUCACAGACAGAUGAGGACUGUAUAAGCACAGACUACAUCUCCAAAAGAUAGAUGGUUUCUGGCCAAAGGGUACCAGUUUCAGAUAUUCCCUGAAACUGUUGCAGAGUGCCAUGUUCAAAUACUGCAGCAUGUGAUGGGAGACGUAGCAUAUGCAAGCUGAGGCAAUAUUGUUAAAAGAAUGUAACUCUACAGAAACCGAGUGUCACUCUUUGAAAUUGUUAGGGCGAGGACAGGAUUUUGUGUGUAUUUUUAGUGUAGCAAUAUUCCAUUUCCCCUUCUGUGUACUGUUUGCUGUUCAUUCUACUUACUAUUGCCCGCUGCUGUACACUGUUGACUGUUCUAAGCACUAUUUGCCCACUUUGUACAACAACCUAUUCUCUAUACUGGUUUUGAUUCUGUGCACUGCCUACUCAUUUAUCCACACCUCCUCCUCGCUUCAUUCCACUGUGUAAUAAUGUAACAUUAGCAUCUUGUAACAUACAAGAAGCUCCAAAUUAAUAUUCCUUUGUACUUUUUGCUAAAGCUCUUAAAAUUGCCAAAGCUACCAACCUCACAUGCAUGAACUCAGUUGUAAUAACACGCUGGUCUGCAAAAUAACUUCCUAGAUUCUUUCUGCCGUGUGACCCCAGUUAUAUGGGUAUUAAAGACAAAACCAUGAUGUACUUUAUAUGCAUGACUGGUCCAAGUUUAAACCAUAUUUAAGAUUCGGUUUUAGUUUGAUUCUUGAAUGUGGGAACAUCAGCAUCAAAGUUAGGAAAGAUGCAGAUUGUUGUGAUCAGCUUUCAAAUUUCAUGCUCAAAUUUUUCUAUGCUUAAAUUUUGAUAGACCGAAUUGCUAAUGUGUGCGAUUUGUGUCCAAAAAAUCGGUGCCUACGAUUUUAUAUCUGUAAAUAAGAAAUCUUAGGAAGGAGAUUUGUUGGCGUGCCCAAAAGUUUGUAAGUAGGUGAGUAUUUAAGUUAUACAUAAACUGUAUAUUUAAGGAAAAGAUGUGCACAUAUGUAAAACAUACUGAGAGGGGAAAGUAUUGUACAGUGGAUGUAUGGGGAGAAGGGGGCCUUAGUUUGACAAGUUGCCAUCAUUUUGUGCAUGCUGACAAAAAAAAGGUGUUUACACCGAAUACUUUUUUAUUUAAAAAACUUACUGUGGUUACUUUUGGAAAGUAUUAAAGACUUGAAACGUGGCCCUACUGUACAUGUUGACGAAUCCAACAAACUCCCAGUUAUCCCAAGUUAUGCAGGGGUGACAGAUUUCAAGUUUCUCCAGAUUUCCAUUUAUGGGGCCAAAAAGGUGGAUUUUUAAGAAGUUUAAUCAUUCAGGACUUUCUUUUUUUUAUUUCCGCUUUUUGAGCAAGGGCCAAGUUCUCAUCAUGGCCUUUUGGAAGAGAACCUGAGCUUUGUUGGCCAUUACAAGUCCUCAAAAGUCAAGGUUUUUUUAAACAGUCAUUGCUACAACCCAACUGUUAGAUGUUUCAUGGUCUUCUCUUUAUCCUUCAAGUCUCAUCCUGGCCAGCUGGAAAGCAGUGGCCUUUUUGUUCUGAAAACCAUAGCUAAUCCUCACUUCCACAAUGCAUCCAUCAUCUGGGUAUGCCAUGUUGAAGUGCACCCCCAAGCGGCAAAAGAAAGAAAGGUGGUAGUAAGUUUUCCAAGUAGGUUCUUGCACGCAUUCUGCGUGUACGCAAGGACCAUACAUUAAGGAAAAAAUUUGUUAAUGUACUCGGCGUGCUGCACGUCAAGCACCCAUUGAUCUCUAUUAUAAACAUGCACUUAUGCGGUGAAUAGGCCUACCACAAAAAACCACUGCCCUCUCUUGUUGCGCUAAGAGUGGAUAGUCAACUCAACUGCAGAAUUUGAAGUGAUCAUCUGCUGUUUAGUAUGUGUAAGGGUUCUAUUAAAAAACUAAAAUAUUCACCUUGAAAGAAACCCCUUUUGCACAUUUUUUCCAAUACAAAUUAAAGUUAAAUGAAAUUUUUUCAUUAAAAUAAACUUUUUUGUGGAAUAAAGUGCAUCCAAGGAUAAACUUUGAUGUAAAUAUUGAUGAGUUGUGAAUGCCACUAUUUAUAUUGAUUGUUGCUUGGAUGAAAAUGUGGUUUUUACUGAAACUUUGACGACUGGUUCUCGGUUAUUCCUUGUAUUUUGCAUCGGGUAUGGACCUGUCAAGAAGUUUCCUUUGCUGAUACAUCAAACAGCAGCAUUAAUGAUGACCUAAAUAAUGACUGCAUUUGCCUUUCAAGCCAUGUAUGAAGUAGCAUAGAUGUUUUGGAAAGAAAUAAAAACCUUUACAAUAUAUGAUUGUGUUCUAAACAUGUAAACAUUGCCAUUUUGGAACGAAACAUUUAAAGACCACUUACCAGCUUUUAAAAAACUAUGUUUCACAGACGGGGGAAAUGGUAAUUUCUGUACAUGUACAUAAAAUCACCUUACUGUUGUGUAAUGAUGCUAUGUCUAUGACUAGUUAGAAGGAAACUUGUUUUAUACAUUUUUGGCAGUAACCUCAUUCGAAAUGUAAAUUGUGUCUAUUUUGAGGGUGGUACCACUUUUCAAAAACCUGAUUGUUUCGUCCCAUUUCUGACUUAUCACAUUGAGUGCAGCUGUUGUGAUAGUAGAUGCAGACUGGUCAGUGAUAUGGCAGCGCUCCCUUUUACAAUGUAUUAUAUUAAUGUUUCAUUCCUUCCUGCAUUUUCUGGUGUAAUUCUCUGAGUAGCUUGUCAAAAGUCCCCUUUGAACGUUUUCGACAUCUUUUUUUCCCCUUAAUUGCAUUUGUGUGUGUGUGGAUGGGUGUUUGCAUGUUCAUGUAACUUGAGAAAAAUCAUUUUUGUCUUCUUUGUGACAUUUUACACUGUUUCUAGUUUCUAAUUUAACGGUAAAGUUAUGUUUGUAUCAUGCCAUAAGUAACAGUUAUUCAGUUGAUUCAGAGAAGUCUCUUUAUGUGGAGACAAGACCAGUGAUUUUUUUCAGAAGUGUCAUUUUAUUUGUUAAGUUUAGUUCGAUUUGAUAAUUUUAUUCAUUUUAUUUCAAUUAACAUCUUGUCUGUGUGAACAGUAACAACAAUGUGAUUCCAGGCUUAUUUUGUGCCGGUUCUUGCUGCAUUUAUUCUGGGAGAAAGUAAUUUCAUGUCCAGCCAUUCAAGUUGAAAAUAGUGAAACACCUGUGAAGGUUAAAAUGUACAAGUACAUGUAGUUGAACUUUAACUGUUUAAUACAUUUUGGAAGUUAAUAGUAAAAAUGGCUUUACGCUAGACUGGUAUUAGAAACCAAAAAGACGGCUGUGAUACUUAACAGUGAAGAGGAGUUGAUUAGAAGGUUUUGCACUGUAUUCAUUCCGUCUUAGUGUGUAGAAAUUACAGAAGCCAAAUUCUCAUGUUACUAUAAGGAGAAACCCUGAGAUAUUUUUGGAUGAAUUUGACAGUUACUGUAAAGGUUAAACCCUGUGUGACUUGGAGCAAGUGCAGUCCUACAGUUCAUGUAUGUCAUAUUUGGCACUGUAUUUGCCUUCAGCCCUGUCCCAUAAUACAUAUAUUUUAGCCCAAAGAGAAUCGUUCUCAAACCAGCCUCGUUUUUUAAUGUUACACCAUAGUGAUUUGGGAUAUUAUAUACAAAUGUACCUGUUGUAUUUUGUUCUCUUUAGUUUCCGUCCAGAAAUUAUGUACUCUGGUUUGUAUUAGUCUGUACUUAGAGUUUGCCCAAAUGUUUGUUUAGUUUACCUUUCUGCAGUUGACUGAUGUGUAUUUUUAGUGGUUCACUUUGGUAUAUUUUGGAUCAAGUGCUUUGAACGUUGAAUUCUUUAAUAUGUAUUCAUAGAUUUGAGACAAACGAGACAAGGAAAUGUGGAAUCCAUCAUACCGGUAGAUGGCGUUACGUUGUUUAGAUUGAGAAUGUCAUCAAUUUAGUGAAGACAGUUAGUGACUGACAGAGACUUACUGCUACAAUAUUGCUCAUUCUUGCUGUCUGGUGAAAAACUGAUGUUCUAGAAAUUGACAAUUUUAGAGAACCCUCAGUCUGAGAAAACAAGUCGUCAGAACUUGUACAUAUGUAAUAUUUGUGUAGCAAAGUCAAAUGAAAAUCUUUGGGGCAUUUAAAAUCUAAACAAAAAUAUAAUGUAACACAUUUGAUUUCAGGGGUGAGAAUGGAGGGAAUGAAAUAUCUUCAACAUAAUCCCCAGAACGUUUGAAGGCCCCAGCAGGGUAGGGUCUAAUUUGUGUUUGCCAAAAAACACCUGUUAAAAUACCCAUCCCUUUCGUCCUAUAUCAACUUUCGUAUAUAGAAACACCUCAGUGGUAAACGUAUGGUUUUCUAGAUUUUAAAAGGGAUGGUUUAAAAAAAAACCUGGAAAUCAGAACAAAUGCUGACAAAUCUCACCCCUUUGAUUCACUGGUAAUCUUCUCUCUGUAUUCGAAGUGUGUAUUGGCUGGUUCUUUGCAAUCUUUGGUCUGAUCUGACUUUAUGAACUAGACCACUGUCUGUAUAUAUAUGGUUGAGUGGUAGCCAGUGAGGAGACAAAUCCAGAACCAAUCAUAAACACUGGUCAGCCUUGAUUUGAAAUAAGUGAAAUAAACUGAAAGUGAAAGUAGACAGUAA